GGAAGAAGCGAACAAGCAGCGAUCCGAGCGCAUAACUUUAUAUAUAUAAGCUAUAAACAAAUACUGCUGAAGUUGCUAUGAUUGUGCGAAACAGUUUGCUAUGCGCGCUGCUGGCGCUGACGCUGACCGCGACGUCGACGCUUGCGCAUUUUCCACAGUACUGCGCCGAGUGUGAGCAGGAGAUUUGGGAGCAAGUGCCCUGCAGCGAGAUCAGCUCCACGACGCUCAGGCCGCCCAUCCCGACGACAGCGAGUCCGGGCCCCGGCACAGACAGCACCACGCCCAGCAGCACGCCCCUAAUCACCAGCACGAGCACCAGCACCGCUGCUCCACCCACCACCUAUGUGCCCACCACGCGUCCCUAUCCCAUCUAUCAUCCCACCUAUCCCAGCACCACGCCCUCCAGCUAUCAGAAAUGCUACUGCGAGUGCAAGUCCGGCUGCAAGGACUUUUGCCGCAAAGUCUCGGUGGCACAUCCCAAGCAGCAGCUGACGCAGAUUACGUCGACGGGCGAGUAUGCGCCAGGUGGUCAGCUGGAGUACACGCAUACGCAUCAGCGCAAAUAUUAUCCCAAGUAUGCGCCCGCCAAGGCCUACAAGCCAUAUCCCUUGGCCUACAGCGAAUCGGCGGCAGCUGCCUCCUCCCCAGCGGCCAACAACAUCAAUGCACCCAACUAUACGCUGGAGGAGCUGGCGCAUCUGCUGAGCUCCGCUUAUGGCGCCAAGAAGGGUUAUCCAGCCAGUGCACCCACGCAGGAAUCUGUCUACUAUGCGCCCAAGCUGCCAGUGUACAGGCCUGAGUACAAGCCCGAGUAUAAGCCCGAGUACAAGCCCGAGUAUAAGCCCGAGUGCCUGAGUAUAAGCCCGAGUAUAAGCCCGAGUAUAAGCCGGAGUAUAAGCCCGAGUAUAAGCCCGAGUAUAAGCCCGAGUAUAAGCCCGAGUAUAAGCGAGUAUAAGCCCGAGUAUAAGCCUGAGUAUAAGCCCGAGUAUAAGCCGGAGUAUAAGCCCGAGUAUAAGCCCGAGUAUAAGCCAGAGUACAAGCCGGUCAUUGCCAAGGUCGAGAGUCCUUCCAGCAUCAAACAUGCCAGCGCUAUGGUGUCCGCUUCCGGAGCAGGAGCCAUUGCCAAGGCCAAGACGCCAUACGAUGAUCUGGUGGCCACCGCUGCGCCCGCUUAUGACAGCACCACCUCGUAUCCCAUACCACCACCAGAGCCACCAAAGUCAUAUGAGCCAGAGCCUGUGCCUGUGCCUGUGCCAGAGCCACAAACCGAAGCGUAUCCCACACAAACUGAGGCCUAUGCUGACAAGUCCUAUGAGGCGCCGCCAUCCAAGCCCGCAUCUUCAUCCUCGUUUGAUCUAGCCAUUGAUAACUAUCUCAAGGACUUUGGCUAUGGCAAUCAAGUCAGAGACUACAACCAUCAGGACUACUAAGUGCCUUGUUAUCAGUUGUUGCUAGGUUUAGAGCUAGAUAUAUAUUUAGAUAUAUAU